AUGUCUGAGCAGUCAAAUACUGUUUGUGCACUCAAUAGUGGAGCGAAGAAAGAGAAACGUCGAGAAAGGAAAGCUUUAUCCGAAAGAAACAAUAAAUACAUUGACAAUGACCCGCUGUGCUUAAGAAUUCAAUGUACGUGUAAUCAUGGACAAAAAAGCAAUUUUAAAUGUAAACAAAUAUCGCAACAGGAUGUCGUUCGAAACCGUAAGAACUUUUAUUCAACAUCCAAAAAAGUUCACCAAGACGUGUACUUAUGUCGUCUCAUUAGUGCAUUUGAACCCCAACGUAGAGGCAAAGGCACACCACGGCCUUCUGGUAAAACAAAACUUCGAAAGUUAAGUACAUCAUUCUUCCUAUAUGGGAAAAAGAAAAUAAUGAAAAGGGUAUGCAAAUCAUUUUUCAUGGCAGUAUUUUCUAUCAAAAGGCAGAGGUUAUCAACUAUUAUGAAAUGUGUGAUGGAUGGCAAAGUUCCAAAGGAAGAAAGAGGAGGUGACAGGCGUUCAGCCAAAUCUCAUGAGAAAAAAGAACAUUUACGCAAUUUCCUCCGAAACCUUCCUUGCAGUGAAAGCCACUACAAUAGAGCGAAAAGCAAGAGGGUAUAUUUGGAUGCCGCUUUAAACAUGAAAAAAUUGAGAAUGUUUUACAAUAAUAGUGUGCCAAAUGACCUGAAAGUCAAGAGAACAAUGUUUUACGAAGUGUUCACAUUUGAAUUUAACAUUGGAUUUCGUUCACCUGCAUCAGAUGCCUGCAGUUCCUGUAUACUAUUGAGUAAUAGUAUAAAAAACGAACAAAUUUCGACAAAAAAACAAGAACUUAUGACAAAACUUCGCAUCCAUAAAUUGCGAGCAAAUUUUUUCUAUAAACUUUUAAAGAAAAGGGUUGAUGAUAGUAUUACUAUUCGUUUUGAUCUCCAGCAGGGCAGACAAUUGAACUGCGUAGUAAAAGCUUCACCAAACUAUAGGUUUGACUCUGGAGAACAGUUUAUAUCACUACUGAAAAGGGGCAGACGUCACCCCAGAAAUAUAGAACAAAUUCAGGAAGACCGAGGACUGAGUGCUGCAAAGAAAAAUGAUGUGACUAGUCUAUUAACAAAACAGUUCGGUGCAGAUUGGGAGAACCUUUCGGCAUUAGAAUGGUACAAACAAAUAUUAAGCUGUUCUAGAAACAUUGCAGAACAAAACGAAGAAAUAGAUGAUGAUGAAGCAUGUAUUUGUACUGAAAUGGAUACAGAAGACAUAAGAAUUUGA